AUGCUGGGAACUAUCGCUCAAGCUGUAGCGCUCUCCGGCGUGCUCUGGUUCUUGUGGAAGUAUUGCAAGCAAGUCGUUCUCCCAUCGCCUCUUGACAACAUCCCUGGCCCUCCGCGCGAUUCGUUCCUCUAUGGCAACUUGAAGCAGAUUCUUCAUCGCCAUGCCUGGCCAGUGUACGACGCUCUUACCGAGGCCUACCCUGGUGUGCUGCGGCUGGCGGGACCCCUCGGGCAUCGUAUCCUCUACGUCUUCGACCCUAUUGCGCUACACAGCGUGAUCGUCAAAGACCAGUAUGUUUUCGAAGAAUCCCGGUUUUUCAUCAAAACAAGUGAGGUCACCCUUGGACCUGGGCUGCUUGCAACACUGGGAGACCACCACAGGAAGCAGCGGAAGCUCCUGAACCCUAUCUUCUCCAUCGCCCAUAUGCGGCACAUGCUUCCCACUUUCUACGACAUUUCACACAAGCUCCAGCAAGGUAUCGAAGGCCGAGUGUCCGGACGUAAUGGCCCAGUCGAGGUCGACAUUCUCUCUUGGAUGGGCCGCGUCGCGCUGGAGCUCAUCGGGCAGUCUGGACUUGGCUAUUCGUUUGACCCGCUCGUCGCAGAUUCCGCCGACGAGUUGGGUCUCGCGGUGAAGAGCUUUCAGCCUUUGAUGAUGCAGUUGAACAUCCUCCGGCGCGUCUUACCUUACUUGCCGGAUGUCGGGUCUCCCUGGCUGCGCCGGAAGAUCGUCGAGAUGAUUCCGAACAGGAACAUGCAGCAGCUGAAGAAGAACGUCGACCUCAUGCACGAACGCGCGGUUGCCAUUUGCGAAGAGAAGAAAGGGCUACUGGCACAGGGCGACGAAGCCUUCAAGGACAAGGUGGGAGAAGGAAAGGACCUGAUGAGCAUUUUGCUGCGCGCAAAUAUGGCGGCUUCCGAUGAGGACAAAUUACCGGAUGAAGAGAUCGUCGGACAGGUUUCAACGUUUGUCGUCGCUGCCAUGGAUACGACAUCCAACGCGCUAUCCAUGACAUUCUCGCUUCUCGCGGAACAUCCGGAGGUACAGGAAAAGCUUCGUAAAGAGAUCAUGGAGGCGUCGAACGGAGGGCUCGAAGACAUCGACUACGAUACUCUGGUGUCUCUGCCCUAUCUGGAUGCGGUCUGCCGCGAGACUUUGCGCAUGCAUCCCCCGAUAACAUCCGUCUUUCGCGAGACUCGGAAGGAUGCCGUACUCCCGCUGUCGCAACCCAUCACUGGAGUCGACGGUUCGCAGGUCAGCGAGGUCCUCGUACCCAAGGACACCACCGUGAUCGUCGGCAUCUACUCGUCGAACCGCAACAAGGCUAUCUGGGGCGAGGACGCGUUCGAGUGGAAGCCCGAGCGCUGGCUCAACGGCCUGCCCGACACAGUUGCCGAUGCGAAGAUCCCGGGGGUCUACUCUAACCUGAUGACGUUCCUUGGCGGCGGCCGCGCGUGCAUCGGCUUCAAGUUCUCGCAGCUCGAGAUGAAGGUUGUUCUGUGCUUGAUGCUCCUCAAGUUCAGGUUCGAGCCCUCGGGAAAGCAGAUCAAGUGGAAUAUCGCCGGGAUCCGGUUUCCGAGUGUCGGAGAUUCGACGAAGCCGUCGCUUCCGUUGAAGCUGAGCAUGUACAAGGAGUGA